AUGUCCAAGGCAGGGCCAAAGAAAAAGGAGUCCUCCUCCAGCAAAGUCUCUUUAUCAGACCGACAGACAGAAGCAGCGUCCUUAGUUGCCACUUCCUCAGAGAGUCUAGGAGGUGCGUGGAAGUGCAGAUUCCCCAUAUGGCCUGAGUGGAACGAUGCAGAAGUCAGCAAGGAGAAAUGGGACUCAAAUAAAGGAGCUGAAGAUGGAAAGAUUUUUGAAGAUCCUGAGGGAAAAAUUACCCUGCCUCCAUCUUUGAAAGUGCACUCCUGGAAACGUCCUACAGAGUUUAUUGUCAACAAGGGUCCUGUUGUUGUUGAAAAUCAAAUGAAGUUUAACCUAAUCUCCCCGAAUGAUCAUCUGAUUCACAGUGAGAUAAUGAGGUGGAUCAUCAGUGAAAUCUAUAUUACUUGGACGCUGCAUAGCAAUACAUCUACAGAACAGGAGGGUUGGAAACCUUGGGAACACAUCUACUCGCUGUGUAAGGUGGUGAAAAAUCAUGUGCCGCUCUACAACAACUAUGGGAAAUACUUGGUCAGGCUCUACUGGAUGGGUUGUUGGAGGAAGAUAACAGUAGACGACUACAUGCCAUUUGAUGAAGAAAAUAACCUUCUCCUCCCUGCCUCCACCUGUCAGUCAGAGCUGUGGCCGUUGUUGCUGGCAAAGGCUCUCAUAAAAGUGGCUAACACAAAUACAAACAUUAGUGGAAAUGGUGGGGAGAUGGGUGAGUUCACAUUUAUCCACACCCUCACCGCCUGGAUCCCAGAAAUCAGGCCUAUAAAAUCUGUGGGAGAUAUCUGGAAUUUCUUACAAGAUACCAUUCCUAUAUUUACACACCCGGGUGAGAGCUUGCCAGAGACAAAGCCUCAGACUGCAGAUCCAACUGCUGGGAGAGAUUCCAGCCUGAAUGACAGCAAGAGCCAGCUACCAGAGCAAGAGAAAAGUAACCCCGAGGUAGUGGUGUGUGCCAGCUACUACCCUUUCCAGCCACAUAAUUCCUUUGGGUUUGGCCAAAUGGCUAAUUCCUCAGAGUCCCUGCGUCGAUACAGUCUCUCCUGGCUGUACAGUCACAUAGUCCUGUUGACCAGAAUCCGGGCAUGCCAGCUGGAGGCACCACACAAACCACUACCUGUGCCCCGCUGGAAACUCAUCCGCCAGCACAAGGAAAUUGUGGUCACUGAUGAACCACGGAAGCUCCCUUUGUCAAAACCAGAGCAGUUCAUUGAGGUUGCCAGCCCUUUCCUCUCCUACCGUGUCAAGAGCAGUGUUGGCUCAAUCUCAGAGCAAGAGACAAAGCAGAGCGCUCCGAGGAAGCUUUCCUCUGGGUCCCCUCUGGUGUCCAUUGCUGAGAGAGGGGAGACUGAAGACCGAGAAGGCCUUGAGCCUGAUGCAGCUGAACGCACCACUAACUCACCAAACAGCACUGACAAAAUAGAGGUUACUGCAGAGGACAGGAAGAAGGACGGUGGUGACAUCUCCAAUGAUGGACCUAAAACUUCAAUGAAGGAGCCUGUAACUCAGCAAUUCUCAGCUCCUGUCAAACCCAUCCUGCAGCAGACCUGGGUGGACCUGGAUGACUUUGCUAAAUGUUUUCAGGCUCUGUUGGUGUUCCAUAAAUCACAGUUCUACCCACAUCAUAUUAGUAAAUCUCACUUUAAGAGCACCAUCUUGUCCAAAACUGCAACAGGUAGCAACUGCAAUGGAUCGUCUCUUACCACCGGACCCCCCCCCAUGACUUCUGCCGUAGCAAGCCCUGAGUGUCUAGAGGUGAGAGGCACUCACUACCUGUGUGUUGACAGCCUGCAACCCUCCCAGAUCCUCAUCAGCUUCUCUGCUCUGCUUCUCUGGGGAGAUACAGCUGGGGAGAAAAAGGAAAUGUCAGCAGCAUGUAGGUCUGCAGUUCUCACAGCUCAGCCUCACUCCUGGAAGAGUCUGCAGUCUCAGCUGCCUGUUCUCACCGUCAAGACCACCUCCUCCAAGGCAGCCAUACUUCACUUACCUCCAGGGCGCCAUGUCUUGUCCUUCCACACAAAGGCAGCACUGGGCUACCACAUCCACCUGUGCAGCAAGACACCUUUCAUCUUUGGGGAUGAAGAAAUCAUAAUCUCACAACUUACCAAGGAAAGUGCUCGUUUCACUGAGCAGGCCUCGUCCAUUUGGAGAGCCCUGUCCAGAGUGGUGGCUUCCCUCAGUGGUGAGCAGGACCAGCUAGCAGCCAGAGGAACCCUAGAAGAGGCUCAUUGUCCCCAAAACAUCAAUGCCACCCUGGGAAAAUUGGAACACCACAAGGUUUUUAACUCCGCCAUUUACCAUAUGCUGUAUAAGGCUCUGGGCAGGAAGCUGACAGCAGAGGAGCAGUUUGCUGUACUGGCCCUCACUGCUGACCCUUCGCUCUUGGCCACUGGCUGCAAAGAAGACUCACCUGCAUAUACAGAGUCAAAACCUCCAGAAAACUGGAGAGACAGGCAGCCAACAGACAAGGAGGUCAAGGCAGCCACCGUUCUGCAGGCUGGAUUCAGAGGGCACUUGGUGCGAGAAAUCCUUAAUGCCUCAAAACCUGGCACGAAGGAGAAUCUCAGUGCAUCUAAGAUCCUUUCAGACAUGUGGCCGAAGGUUGAAUCAGAUGCAGACAAAAAUGCUGUCUUUUUGCUACGGUAUAUUAUUGACCACUCUGAGAGGAAAGCGGAGCUCUAUGCCUGUCAGCAGGAUGACUGGACCAAAACCGCCUUCGCUGAUUACUCUGUCUCUCUUCAAGAUACAGCCAACUCCUGGGUCUUGGUCUUUAGAGAGGUAUUCCUGGUUCCUCAGGAGAUGCUGUUGGUACCAAAGGUCUACUCCCCAAUCCCUAAUUGUCUGUUGCACGUCAUAAAUAACGACACAGGAGAGGAGCUGAACAUGGUCUUCAACAAACUAGCAACCCAUGUCUAUCAACCCAACAAGCUUGGCUAUACCUUUGUAGCAGAGGCUGUCACACCUGAAUCACCCCCUGUUGGUGCCAAGUGGCAGAUGCGCUUGAUUGGCUCAAGGGAACCCCUUCCAAAACUGUCCCGUGAGGCUCCACACAGCACGUUUUCAGUGAAGGAAUUCCGGGAUUAUUAUAUCCCCAGUGACAAAAACGUCAUAUGUCGUUACUCUGUGCAGGUGACAACAGACGUCCUAGGAACAAUUCAGUUUCAGACUUCCAAGCCAGAUGUACUGAUACAUCUGUCCAUUCUGGACCAGGAGAAAGAGGUGGCUGGCAGCACGGGGAAAGGCCAUGUGAUAAUUCCUGUGUUCUGCUUCCUGGCCAACAAAGCCCACACAGAUGAGAAGAACCAGAGCCAGAAGGGAUGCCCCACUCAGGACAAGGGAGUCAAGGUGGUAGACACUCCUCAACUGACAGCUGGUGGGAAAUCAGACGAAGAGUCUCUCAUCACAGAGACUAUGGUAUCACUGACAACUAUCUGCGUGGGUCAUAAGUAUAUGGUGCAGGCAGAGGUGCUUUAUAAGAGCUGGGAUUUGGAUGAAUCUCAGUUGGCUUUUGUCCAUAUGCUCAGAGACUUGGAGAAGCAUGAAAUGAGAGUAUGCAAUCUGGAGAACCUGAAGCGUUCAUCUGACACACCGAGCCAUGAUGGGCACAAUUCUGACACACCCAAAACCAAUCGCAAAGGCGAAGGAGACAAGGAGAAGGGGAAGCCAGCUGCCAUGUCCAAAUCUGGCUCCAGGCAGGAAACGAGCCUUGACCUGACUAAGCCGCACUGGACUCUGCGUGUGGUCAGUGACAAGAGUAAAGCAGAGAGCAUCGGGGUGAAGAAAGACAGAGAGAGAAUGGAGCAGAUUAAAUCCAUUAAGAAAGCUUGGGAAAUGGUUGAGCCAGGCCGCUGUGCCAAGGCUUUACAGUCUCGUCUCCAGUUUCUCAACCAAGUCCAACAUCCAGCAAGUGAUGAAGCCACUACAGAUGAUGCAGAAAGCAGUGAGCCCGCUGCUUCCAGAUCUGAUCCUAACACCUCUCUCAGUCCAUCUAAUCAAAAGUUGACUGAUACCUCCGCCACCUAUCCUCACAUGGACUACAUGCCCUUCAUCAGACGCCAAAAAGAUAUUCCGGUGCUGAUGGACUCGCAGAUAGAGGAGAUCCAGCAGAGGGAGCGCUUAGAAAAGAUCCAGACCUACCGUUUGGUCCGAGAAAAUGUGCUGGAGCACCAGAAACAGCAGGAGCUCAACAGGAAGGAGCUAAUGAGACGCCAGCUGGAGAUGUAUGAGAACAUGCAGGCAGCCUUGGGGCAGCGCUGUAAGAAAUUUCUCGAUGCUUGCGAGGCAUUUAGUAGCCGUCAGAUGGCGGCCGUGAAGAAGGAACAAGAAGAGAAACAAGCUCUGGAGGAGGCCCAGCAGGCAGUUCUAGAAAAAACAACCCCCACCUCUGCUGCCACCCAGCAGCCUCACAAACCUGCCAAGAGUGCUGGCAAGAAAAAGUGAUGGUCAUUGGCACCAACUUCCAGUCUCAGUUCUCCUCUCAGACACCUCUCAACAAGUCUGCUUGAACACUGAAGGAUCUUUGUUUAAUCACAACCUUGUGGCGUGUACUUGAUGAAACAACACGUGGACGAAAACAUUAUUACGACACCUAAUUCAAAGCUGUGCGUGCUUUUCUCUCUUUCUUGUCUUUUCAAUCCUUAUGGAAGUAAGGACUCCAAACAGUUAGUUUGUUAAUGUGUUUAAUGUUUUUUUUUCAUUUUUUACCUAUGUUCAUACUUUCACAAUUUGUAUACUGUAUUCCAUACAAUAUGUAAUCAUUAUUCUUAUAGCACACACCUAUAUCUUUCAUCUGUCAUCCAAAACCUUUAUUAACA